UGUCUCUUUCUCUGCCGGUUCGGUCGGAUCGCUUUCCUUCUCUCUGUCUAUCUCUCUGCAACUCCAUGGAACCACCGACGUCUCGAGCUCCACCCCCGCUCGAUCCGUCCCCGACCACCACCAAAAACCCGGCCGCGACGGCCACGAGCAAAACCAGAGACAGGGACUUCCUCCUCCACCUCGAGGCCUACCUCGCCAAGCGAGACGGCGUCGACAAGGUCCUCAAAAUCUCCAGGUACGCCGCGAAGAUCAUCCUCUCCUCCUCCCUCCUGCCCGAAACCCUACCCCUCCAUCGCCGCCUCAAGGGCUUCGAGUCCAGCGUCGGCCUGAGCCGGAAGGCCUUCCGGGUCGGCAAGUUCGUCCAGGACGUGAACGCCUUCCGAGCCUCGCACCUCGACUCCGGGCAGGACCUGAUCCUCUCCCUCAUCGCCUACGGCGGCGAGGGGAUAUACUACUUCGUCGAGCAGUUCGUCUGGUUGGCGAAAUCCGGCCUCAUCGAUGGCCGCCACUCGCGUGUUCUGUCGAAGAUCAGCGCGUGGGCGGAGUUCGUCGGCUACAUCGGCAGCGUGAAUCUGAAAAUUAGGGAUUUGAGGAGGUUGCGGGAGGACGAGGCGUGCGUCGAGUCGAGCAUCGAGAUCGCGACGUCGAGGGGGAUUAAUCCCAAGGAGGAAGAGUUGAAAUUGAGGAAGCUGAGGGAGAAGAAGUUGAUGAAGAAGAUGUCCGUGGUUCAGGACCUGGCUGACGGAUUGAUGGCUUUGGCCGACAUCAGGGACGGGAAGGGGCGGCUGUCGGCCCCGCUUUUGUUGUCGUCCGCGGGGCUCGUGUCGGCCCUGAUUAGCACCCAUAAGAACUGGGUGUCUUGUUGAUCCUUGCCACGGCUCUGCGCGGUGAGUUCCUAGCUGCUUUCUUUCAUUUCAAUGGCGAUCACAUGGAUUCUUGUUUAGAGGAUUUGGCAGGGCAAAUGGUAGAGAAGGACUAGGAAUUGGAAUUGGAACUGGAAAUGGGGAUGGGAUACAAAUAAAGAGAGGUUCUUGUGCUUCACCAUCAUUUGAUGAAGGCAUAGCGGAUUUUAUCUAUUCGAUUGAUGGGUUCUGAUGUGCAAACUGAGAUGUCAUUCUUGAGCAAUAGUUGCAAUUGCAAUGUCCGUUCUUUAAGUUCUUUGUCAA